AUGGCUCCAGCCUGGUUGCUCGGGGUCCUUGAGGUUGUGUCCUGGGGGUCGUCGUCUGGGUGGUGGGGCUUGGCGUGUCCUGCCCACUGCUCUUCUUCGGUCCUCCUGGUCCUCUCCGUCUUCUUGUCGGGCGUUGGAUUUGGGGUUCUCCUGACCCUCUACUUCUUCCGGUACCAGCUCUUCCGGGUUGACUUGCCCAUUCCGGCCCGCCCUCCUGGCCCUUCUAACUCCCUCGACGUUGACUCCUUGACCGAGGCCAUCGAGCAUCUGCAUUUGGCUGCUGGCAGCCUUUCUCGGGCACUGGCCCGCUCUGCUGACCCUUCUCAGGACGACUGGAUUGUCGUUCCGAGUGAGGGCACCGCCGCGGGUUCCCAGGACCCCCCUAAAGGUUCUAGUCCCGAGCGCCCUGCUGGUUCUAGUGAUCCUCCUCGCCUUCGGGCCGAUCGGGCCCGCCGGGCUUACCAAGCCGGCCUCUCUGCCUACAGGGUCCUCUCCGGCGAGUUGGUGUGUGUGGACGCCACGCCUCCCAUCUCCGUGCGGAACCGGCUCUACGUGGUGCUCCAGCACAGCUCUGGCGCUCCAGCAGCUGUCUACCUCUCCUUCUCGAGCUUCAAGAAGGCCGUGUGGGCCAUCUGCCAGGCACCUCGACGGUGUGUCACGGCUUUCCCACUGAAGGGGAAGCCCGCUGUUACUGCCACGGGGCCUCGCGCCCCUUUCCCCCUUCUGUACCAUGACGGCCGUGGAUGCCUUGACCUUUGCAGCUUCCGGCACCGUGCUUCCUUUCGUUGCUCGUCCUCCGGUGGCCGGCCAGCCUGGCGAUGGGGCCCGGCAAGUCCUUUGCAUACCAGUGCUCAGGCGGAAGGGAGGCGAGAGCCCUACGACCCGCUCUCCUUGGACUGGAUCCGAACAAAGGCCGGCGAGCGAGCUGCUUUCUACUCCGCCCAGGAAGGAGAGCCCGAGGCUCCCGAGGACGAGGCUCCAGAGCCAGAUGGGGCUGCCCUAAGAGAGUUACGGCCCAGCUGGCAGAGCAGCUGGGGAGCAUCCCACCUCCCGACGAUCAGUGGCCAGCUUCAGUCCCUAGCAGAGCGCCAGCAGGAGCUAGAGGAGAAAGUCGCGAGCAGGCCACAACGCCUGUGCCCUCCCACCGCCCUCCCGAAAGCUGGCCCCUUACAGGAGCCUGUGCAGGCCUUGGCCCGCCGCCCCGAGCGCGGCCUCUGCCUGGCCCUUCCAUCCCUUCUGGGCAGGCUCAGCAAACGGCGCGAGCGGGUGCAGGCCGAGCUUGCCCAAAGGACGGGCGGCUUCAUGCUAGCAGUGGCCCAGAGCAGCUUCUUGACCGAGGCUCUCCUGAAGACCUUGCCUCUCCGCUUCUCCUUCAACCGAUACCUAGAGAGGCAUGGGGGCUAUCAACAUCAGAGGGACUUGGGCCUCAUCAUGCAUAUGAUCACGCAGGUGGCCGACCUGCUGUUGGCAAACGACGUCGAGGGGAGCCUCGACUUGCUGGCCCUGGUUAUGGUGUGUCUGGAGCAAGCUGCGGCCGAGAACGGCAAGUUCGAGGUAGGGUUCACCCUGUCCCUCUUUGCCGAGCCGUCCCACCAGGUGUUCACGAAUCGGGGUUCGCCUCACAACCCGCGGCUCCGAGCGUUCGCCCCGUUGUGUCCUGCAACAUGGGCGACAAUAGCCCUGGGGUAUCUCAAAGAGACGGACAUUAUUCUCAGCAGACGCCAAGAAGCUUCCGGCCAGGCCACUUCGUCCGGGCUCCAAGGCGAGGACACCGCCGCCGCGGCAAAGAAGCCUCCGAAGAAACCGCGGUUUCCCAGGAAGCCGAAGGACAACUGA